AAGCUGUACUGUUACCUUCACAGGUGAAGCCGAUAAGAAAACACUGAUUUCAUGAUGGGCUCCAUCACUGCAGCAAAUGCAGAAUUUUGUUUUGAUGUAUUCAAAGAGGUGAAGGUCCACCAUGCCAACGACAACAUCUUUUAUUCCCCUCUGAGCAUCAUUUCAGCCCUGGCCAUGGUCUAUAUCGGAGCAAGAGGUAAUACUCAAUCUCAGAUUGAGAAGGUUCUUCACUUUGAUAACGUUACAGGAGUUGAAGACACUACUGAUUCCCAGUGUGGCACUUCUGAAUACAUCCACGAUUCAUUCAAGGAUAUUCUCUCAGACAUCACCAAGCCAAAUGCUACAUACUCCCUCAAGAUUGCUGACAGACUCUAUAUUGAAGAAACAUACCCCAUUCUUCCAGAGUACUUAAAGUGUGCAAAAAAAUUCUACAAAGCAGAGCUGGAAGAAGUUAACUUCAAAACAGCUACAGAGGAAGCAAGACAGCUCAUUAAUUCCUGGGUGAAUAAAGAGACAAAUGGACAGAUCCAAGAUUUCCUUGAACCAGGCUCCAUUGAUCUUGAUACUGCACUGGUCCUUGUGAAUGCCAUUUACUUCAAAGGGGUAUGGAAGACAGCAUUUAAAGAAGAACAUACUCGGGAGGUGCCCUUCAAUGUGACAGAGGAAGAAAGCAGACCUGUGCAAAUGAUGUGUCAGAACAGUACCUUCAAAGUGGCAGUGGUGGCUGCAGAGAAAAUGAAGAUCCUGGAGCUUCCGUAUGCCAGCGGGAAGCUGAGCAUGUUGGUGCUGCUGCCUGAUGAUGUCUCUGGCCUGGAGCAGCUUGAGGACAAAAUCAGCUUUGAAAAACUCAUGGAGUGGACCAGUCCCAAUGUGAUGGAAACAAAGAGAGUGAAAGUGUACCUCCCACGCAUGAAGAUUGAGGGAAAAUAUAACCUCACAUCUGUCCUAGUGGCCUUGGGUUUGACUGACCUGUUCAGCCCUUCAGCCAAUCUAUCUGGCAUCUCUUCAGCAGAGAGCAUGAAGAUAUCUGAGGCCAUCCAUGAGGCAUACAUGGAAGUCAGUGAAGAGGGCACUGAGAUGUCUGGCUCAGUGGAUGUGAUGGGAGACAUCCCACAUUCCUCUGAGUUUGAAGAGUUUAGGGCUGACCACCCAUUCCUUUUCUUGAUCAAACACAAUCCAACCAAUAGCAUCCUCUUCUUUGGUAGAUAUUGUUCCCCCUGAAGAAAGAAAGAGCUGGAAAUAAUGCUUGUGUUCCCCUCAGAAACAGACCCCCUUUACUGUAGUAUUGUAGUUUAAUCUCAUCUCUUCAUUAUUUUCUCUAAGUGGAAAGCCUUCAAUAUCUAGGGAGAUAUUCUUGAUGAAGUGUGUGACUUUUUGGAUCUUUAGGUGCAGGUAUUUCUGCUCACACGCUUGUAUUCAAGAUUUAUUGCCAGGAUUGAAGGAGAAUUUCGGGACGUAGCUUAGGAUCCCCAUUGUCAUUGAAUAACUUGAGAGACAGGGCCAGUGUUUAGAUUUUUGUGAGAAAUCCUGACACUAUUAAUGAGAUUCUGUCUUCUCUGUAGGAGUUCUGUGAAAUAA